GUAAACAUUUCACGUUUCCUGAGAAGAUUAAACUAAGAUGGCACCGACAGACCAGAAAAUGAAGAGUAACAACUUUAGAGCGAAGGAUGGCAACUGGAAGAAAUCAAAAGAUAACGCACAGGGUGUCAAGAAGAAGAGGAAAUGGAUCCCGGAGCACAAAAUGUUCGAGGGCAGUGUUAAAGAAGGUCAAGGGUUUGCAUUCAAGAGGAAGCAGAAAGUCAGACACGAAUACAACAAGCUGUUGCGGAAGGAGAAGAGGAAGAACCCUGAGUCCAAUGCACUGUACAAGGAGGAGUAUCCAGAACAUCUCAGGCAUCUAUACAUGGCUGAGGCAGAGAAACUGAAACAGGAGGCCUGGACGAACAGAGUGAACAGGAGUAAGCUGAGAAUAAGAGGGAAGGAGACGGGAGAAGAGACAGCUGAAAAUGAUGCAGCAGCGCAACAGACCAAAACCGCUGAUCCAAUUCCAGAGGUUACUGGUGGAUCUGAGCUGAUAGAUUCUGUGACUGCGGAGCCUGACCCAACUGCAACCCCAGAGAAAGAAAGUCUUCCAAUUAGCAACCGCAUGAGGAAAAAAAUGCUGAAGAAGACGUCGUACCAGAGGACAAAAGAGGAAUUUGAAAGACUCAAAGAAAAACGGAGAAAAAAGAAAGAGGAGUACCUGAAGAACAAGCAGCAGAGAGAAGAAGCUAUUAAGAGGUACAAUCAGAAAAAGAUGGAGACUUUCCAGAUGCUGAGCAAAAAGACCAAGAAAGGACAGCCAAAUCUGAACCUCCAGAUGGAGUAUUUGCUUCAGAAGAUUCAAGGAACUGGAAAAUGACUCCCGAGUCACAGCUGAUCCUGAGGAUUGAAUGAACAAAAGAGUGGACCUUGUCUAUAUUUGACUAUGUUAUUAAAAUGAGGUAGAUCGGAACUGUGGUUUCACUCAGUCUUUUCUGUGGUGUUUUAAAUGCAGUGUGGUAAUCUGAGACCAGUUUGCUUCUACACAGAGUGAAAGCUUGUGGUUGUUGAUCGUUUUUUGAUCAGUGCUUUUACUGUUAUAUUCUGUUUGCAUUAUUUUGUUCCAGAAAACCUAAUACUGUGGCCCAUCUUAGGCUCAGACCACAAGAUGGCAUUGUA